AUGAAGGGAAAAAAACAGAAGAGAGACCCAAAUGAAAAUGAAGGAAGCCAAAAAAAGGAUCCAACAGAUUUAAAGAGAAAAAAAUAUCCCAGUAAUGGACAUGAUUAUGAUUCGAAGAUCAAGGAUGAACAGUAUGAUGAGAAUUACAAAAUAAGCUCGCCGGAAGUCAAUACCAGGAAGAAGGGAAAAAAAGAGGAAUUAACUACACAUUCAGAGAAGAAAGAAGCCGAAAAUGUUCAGUUUCGAUCAGACAAUAGGGAUGGCGAGUACCCAUCUAAUGGCGAAGGCCCCUCAAUGAGUAACGUACCAAUGGGGAAGGUGAAAGAGACGCAGAAGGUGAAGAGGGAGAAGCAGUCCAUUAGUAAAGGUGAAGGAGAAAAAGGUAAUCCGAAAGAGGAUGCCAACAUGAAGAAAGAAAGCAGAAGGAAGGAGAAAGAUCGUAUUGAUCAUUCAGAUUCCUCCUCAGGGUUUUUAUUAAAAGGGAGAGACAUGGCCAUAGAUGGGGAGGGAGCAGACGAAACAGGCAACCGGACGUUAGGAAGAAUGGAUAACCGCGUUCCUAAGGAGGGAAAAGAAGAAAAGAAGAAGGAAGAGGAACAGCCACAACAGUUGCAGAAACUGCAACAGAUGCAGCAACAAGAGCAGCCACCACCGCAAAAUCCGCAGGAAAAGGAAAAGCUAAUGAUGAAAGAAAUUACAAAGUAUUACGGACCAGUGAAAGUAAAGAAUGCAAACAGCCAAGUUGGGGAGGGAGACAUUUUAACCCUCAGAAACAAACUAAACACAAAUUUGAAGGUUUCAGAUAGUUUCGCUAUAGUCCACUUGUCGUCCCCGGAGGAUGCAGAUAACUAUUUAGUGUCUCCGUUUAUUUGCGAAACCAGGAAGAGUCUAAAAGCGGAGUGCGUAAAGGGAGGCGCGAAGGAGGUACCCAAAGUAGAUGACCACCUUAAGCGCGUCCGAUCCAAAUUGCCCCUCGAAAUAAUGGACAAUUUAAUUUUUAAAAGUAAAACCCAUAACUACGACAAGUGGGUACCAGACUGCCGCAUCUUACUAGUGACCGGACUACCAUUCGACCAAAAAGAAGAGUACAUUCUGCAUAGUCUAAUAGACCUCUACUAUCAGAGCCAAGAUAGAGACCCUAUAUUGGAAGUGUUAGACAUAGGCAAUUCUGAUUAUUUGCUUGAUGCUCUGAAUUUAUAUGCAGCUGUGGAGGAGCAUUCGAGCAAGUACGAAUUAUUCGCAGACCAUCUGGGCAUUAUCAAAUUUGGUUUACUUUUCGGAUCAAAACAUAAUGCAAGUAUAAACGUGAUAGAUGACACGUACUUGCUCUUCAACCUCAGUGAACUCUGUAGAGCUAAUCCCUUUUCUGUUGGUUCUAUUGGAGUACUCUAUUUUAAGAAUGAACAGUGUGCCAAGAAUUUUUGGAUAUCUUUUAAAUUGUCUGCUACUUAUAUGUAUGAAACAUGCGUUAGGUUCAUCCCAGACAAGAACGAAUUGAAGGUCUACAUCGAGGCAUCUAUAUAUUUUGUCAUCCCUGGUUCCCUCUUCGUCAACAUAAAUUAUGCUCAACUCAAUUUGGUACUUAACACCUUACAGCACAAGAGACCGGCUGUCUUCGAGCAAAUUAAUAAUGUUAAAUUAAGGUAUCCAGACAAAACCCUCUGGGAUUUGAUUUCUGCCAACGUGCCUUUGGAUGAUGCGAUUAAUGAGGAGGCCCCUGCACAAUCUGCCGUGAGUGAAGGAAGCCUAGAGGGAGACGAUCAGCUCAGAGGAACAUCUAUCGGCCAUUUCAGUGGCGGAAUGAUGAGUCCCGCUGAGGGGGAAAUCAACCAAGAUGCCCCAAGUGGAAUUGGUGAAGAGGAAGAUGACAACGUGGUGAACGAUGUACUGCAAGAUGUGCGAGAAGGAGACCGCAAUUAUGAGCGGGAUUACGAUGAUAGCCAAUCAUCCGGUUGGGCAACAGAUCAGGUCUUUAAUGAAUGUGAUUUUGAAAACUCUUCUGAUGAAAAUGAUAUGCAGGAGAUGGAAGACGCGGAGAAUACACUUCUGAACAGAAUCCACUGUACCCCAAAUUUCCUCAUGCGCAUUUACAAUACGCACAUCAACAGGUACCUACUGGACAAUGACCUCUUCCUGCUAGCAUGUCCAUACUUAGAUGAGGAAUCGGGAAAAAAAGUAGCGAACUUCUUAAUAAAGCUUCACCUACUAGAUUGGACAUUUAGCGAAAUAGAUGAUGCAUGCUACUUUUACCUUUUCAAAUCCAUAAUAAAUGUUUUUGCAGUAUCAAAAAAAGUUUUUAAUGGAGCCUUUAAUUAUGAAGUUUCCACACUCUUUUUGAAAUUGCCCUUCGGAUUAGUCCCGGGUGUUUAUAUCCGCAUGACCCCCAUGUUGCCUAGCAACCUGAGAGACCUCCUCUGCGUGACCGACGGCCAAAAUGUUGGAGGAAGUGACGGAGGUGAAACAGAUGAAGGAUGCGAAAGAGGUGGGGGGAUCGGCGGAAAAGAAGAAGAAUGA